AGAUAGAACAAAGAAUCAUUACACUAUAAAAAAAAAAACCAAUAUUUGAGGGUAGUAUGCUCAAAGAAUUUUGCCCCCCUUGAAGCGUCUUCUUCUUCUAAGAAUUAUUACUAUGUUAUCAUUAAUUCACUUUUAUGGUUAUAAUAUUCCUCCUUUUUCACAUGUCAACAAAUUUUCUCCUUUAAAAUCCAAGACAAGAGCCUUUGGUAUCUUUGCAAGCAACAAAUCUCAUAUUUACUUAGCCAAUAUGGAACAAGAAAGAGAUCAAGAGAGAUCAAUGGAUAUUAGUCUUAAAGACCUCUCUAAGCAACUUGAAGAUUUUGCUAAGGUUAGAAAUUGGGAGAAGUAUCAUAGCCCUAGGAAUUUGCUACUUGCCAUGGUAGGUGAAGUAGGGGAGUUAUCAGAAAUAUUCCAAUGGAGAGGAGAAGUGGAUAAAGGGUUACCAAAUUGGGAAGAAUCAGAUAAAGAGCAUCUUGGUGAAGAAUUAUCUGAUGUUUUGCUUUAUCUCAUUAGAUUGGCUGAUAUUUGUGGCAUUGAUCUUGGUGAUGCUGCUGCCAAAAAGAUUCUCAAGAACUCUAUCAAAUAUCCUGAGCCCAAAAUGAAACGAGAAUUCAUAUAGUCGAUCUCAAUAACAUAUUUGAAACUAAGGCAUAGUAAUUAUUAUUGUUGUUUGUUUUCUUAACUAAGUGUGUAUCAUGAUGAGAAGAGUUUUUUGUUUGGUGGAUCAUUUUGGUGAUACUAGAAAUAAAAAAAUAUAUACAACUUACUAUAUA